GUAAUUUGAAGCAACAGUUUACAGUUCUUAAUUCUUAAAUGUUACAGAAGCAAAUAUAAACAAGAAAUACUAUAUUUUGGUGAAAUUAAUCUUACAGAAAUCAUUUUGAAUAAUUGACAAAGUUAGACUGAUGCCACAGUUAAAUUCUACGACAGCAGGUUACAAUACGGAAUAUCAAUAUGGCUGAAAUUAAAAAGCAAAGUCUUACCACAAAGGAACGAAUUGCACGAUGUAUAGAAUGGUUGAAGACACAGAACAAUCCGAAAAAGCUAUCAUUACAAAAUAAAAACGAUAUUCAAUUUAUCAUCGAAACAAAUGCCCAUCGGAAGAAGUUUUUUUUAACGGCUGAAGAUGACGCGACUGUGCCAGCAGGAGUCGAUGAUAUUGAGCUGGAACCAAGAAAUGUGCCUGUAAAAUACUUGCGUACACAGCAACUUUGUUUGGAGUGUGAGUGGCCAUCCUGUCGGCUCUUUUUCUCCAAUUAUAUUGUAUUUCAAGUUCAUGUGGCUAGUCAUAUAGGGGAUGUACAUGUGAUAGAGAAAGAUAGUGAAAUUGAAUAUGUAUGUUUAUGGGACGUCUGCGGGCACAAGACAAUAGACAAAUAUGAGAUUGUGCGUCAUAUUAACUAUCAUGCGUAUCAUGCAAAGCUUUUAGCGAUCGGAUUCAAUGCUCGAGCCACCUUGAAGCUGGAGAGAUGCAAGAAGGAUUCUACCAAAAGGAAUGUGCUACCUCCUUUGAAGGGUGACCACUGUUGCAUGUGGUAUGAAUGCAAUAAGUAUUUCAAUUCCAUGCAGAACUUCCUCGACCAUAUAAAAGAGCAUAUAAGAAGUUAUGAUAUAAAAGAAAUGGUUUGCUCAUGGGCGGGCUGUGGUAUGUCAUUCUACCAUCGUGGAAUGUUUGCUACUCAUGUGCGAUCACACACAGGAGAGAGGUUAAUCGCAUGUUAUCAUUGUGGACAACACUUUGCGUUGAAUAGAAAACUGUUGAACCAUCUUUUGAGACAGAACGUGGACCCGUCCCUCGGGCAGCAGUGCUCGAUAUGCAAGCAGUACUACGCGACCGCGUACCUGCUGCGCGAGCACGUGCGCCAACACGUGUCGUGCUACGCGUGCUCCAUGUGCGACAUGUCCUCGCCAUCCAAGACCGGGCUCGCGCAGCACAUCCGCUACCGGCACAUGCGCGACGAGCACGUGCGCACGCACCAGUGCGCGCUGUGCGAGCACAGAGCGAAAACGAGCCACGACCUCAAGAAGCACAUGGUGAUCCACAAAAAGAGGAACCCCGAGGAUUCGGACGACUCAGACUAUCCGAGGAAGAAGCCGCGCGAGCGGAGGCAGUACAUCUGCCACAUGUGCCCCAGCAACAAGCGGGUCGUGUUCACCCGGGGCACCAGGCUGACGACGCACUUGGUGAAGCAGCACGAGGCCAGGUGGCCGUGUGGGCACAGCCGGUUUCGAUAUCAAAAGAGUGAAGAUGGUUUUUACAGACUCACCACAACAAGAUUCGAAGUUUUGGAAAUUUCCAAGAAGAUUGUUGAUGGUUACCAAGGUCCGAAAGCGAAGCUAACUAACAAAUUCAAUUUUGAUCUGAAACCAGUUGCCGAGGCAACUGCAAGUACGCCCAAGCGAUUUGAAAUAACACUCAAAAAUGCUAUCAAUGAACCUUCGGACGACGAAUCUGAUAUAAGUGAAAAUGUUAAAGACGACGAAGAGGUUAAAGAAAACAUAAACAAUAAAGAGAAUAAUAAAUUAAAAGAAGAAGCUAAUACAGAUGUAAUAGAAAAUGAAAAACAAGAUACAAAAGUGGUUAAAAGAAAAGCAGAUAGAAGAGUUAAAGAAAAGAAAAGAGUUCCAAGUAAAAAGGUGAAAGUGAAAGAGGAAAACUUGGGAAUAGAAGAAGAUUUGAAAGUUAAUGUACCGGAAACGGAAAAUAUUGCGCAGAAUAACUCCUUAGUUAUAGAAAUGUGUGAUGUUGACGCUCAAGGCAAUAUAAUUAAAACAGAAACCAUAGAAUCAAAUAUUAUGUACAGUUAUGAUAAAUAAAUUUGUUACAAGCAUGUUACCGUUUUUCGAACUAAA